AUGGCCACCUCGACGGAGCCCGUGCUGCAGCAGCCGAUCAAGCUGGCCUGCAUCCAGCUGGCGAGCGGCGCGGACAAGGCGGCGAACCUGGCGCGCGCGCGCGACAAGGUGCUCGCGGCGGCGCGCGACGGUGCCCGGCUCGUCGUGCUGCCCGAGUGCUUCAACUCGCCGUACGGCUGCGACUUCUUCCCGCGGUACGCGGAGGAGCUGCGGCCGAGCCCGCCGACGCGCGAGCAGGCGCCCUCGUUCCACGCGCUGUCGGCCAUGGCCGCCGACGCCGGCGUGUUCCUCGUCGGCGGGUCGAUCCCCGAGGCCGGGCCGGUCGUCGAGUCCGCGGCCGCCGGCGCCGCCGAGCCCACCCGCAAGUACUACAACACGUCGCUCGUGUUCGGGCCCGACGGCGCGCUGCUCGCCGCCCACCGCAAGGUGCACCUCUUCGACAUCGACAUCCCGGGCCGCAUCACGUUCCGCGAGAGCGCGGUGCUCUCGCCGGGCAACAAGGUGACGGUGGUGGCGCUGCCCGGGUACGGCCGCAUCGGCGUCGCCAUCUGCUACGACGUGCGGUUCCCCGAGCUGGCCACGAUCGCCGCGCGGCGCGGCUGCUUCGCGCUCGUCUACCCCGGCGCCUUCAACACGACGACCGGCCCGCUGCACUGGGCCCUGCUCGGCCGCGCCCGCGCCGCCGACAACCAGCUCUACGUGGCGCUGUGCAGCCCCGCCCGCGACCCCGACCCGGCCGCCGGCUACCACGCCUACGGCCACAGCCUCGUCGCCGACCCGCUCGCCGCCGUCGCUGUCGAGGCUGCUGAGGCCGAGGCCACUGUCUCCCUCGUCCUCGACCCCGCCGCCAUCGCCGACGCCCGCCGCAACAUCCCCCUCGCCACCCAGCGCCGCUUCGACGUCUACCCCGAUAUCAACCAGGGUAAGAUUAGCUUCGAGGAGCCCGAGUGA